AUGGACGGCAACAUCGCGCUGCUGCUGCUGCUCCCAGUCCUUGUCGCCGUCUACCUCCGAUGGCGCCGUGGCCCAGCCGCCGCGACCAGCGCGAACCACUGCCCGCACCCGAACCGCGUGCUGGGCAACACCGUGCCGUUCCUCCUGAACCUGCACCGCUUCCUCGACUGGGCCACGGACCUCCUGGCCGCGUCCCCGGCGUCCACCAUCGAGGUCCGCGGCGCGCUCGGACUUGGCAGCGGCGUCGCCACCGCCAGCCCGGAGGUCGUGGACCACUUCCUGCGCGGGAACUUCCCCAACUACGUCAAGGGCGCGCGCUUCGCCGUCCCCUUCGCCGACCUCCUCGGCAGCGGCAUGUUCCUCGCCGACGGCCGCCUCUGGAGCCUCCAGCGCAAGCUCGCCUCCUACUCCUUCUCCUCCCGCUCGCUCCGCCGCUUCUCGGGCCGCGUCCUCCGGGCGCACCUCCGCGGCCGCCUGCUGCCCUUCCUCGAUGCCGCCGCCGCGGGGUCCGGCGAGGCCGUCGUUGACUUGCAGGACGUGCUCAAGCGUUUCGCGUUCGAUAACAUCUGUGGCGUCGCGUUCGGGGUCGACUGCUCCACGCUGCUCGAGCUCGAGGCGGGUGGAGACCAACGGCAACACGAGGCGUUCUUCGCGGCGUUCGAUGACGCCGUGGAGAUCACCUUCGCGCGGAUCCUCCACCCGACGACCCUGGUGUGGCGGGCGAUGAGGCUCGCCAACGUCGGCAGCGAGCGCCGGAUGCGCGAGGCGAUCAGAGUCAUCGACGAGUACGUGAUGGGGAUGGUGGAGCAGCUGCGUGCACGAGGAGGGGCCGAGGAGCAGGAGCAGCACCUGCUCGCGCGGUUCGCGGCGGCCAUGGACGAAGAAGCCGCCCUCGGCGGGGAGCUCGGCGAGAUGUUCGGGUCGCCGGACGCAAAGCGGCGGUUCCUGCGGGACGUCGUGGUGAGCUUCGUGCUGGCCGGAAAGGACACCACGUCCUCCGCUCUCACCUGGUUCUUCUGGCUCCUCGCCGCCAACCCGCGCUGCGAGCGGCGCGUGCACGAAGAGGUCACGCGCUGCUCGGACACCGAGAGCGACGACGCCGGGUAUCACGAGGAGCUGAAGGGGAUGCACUACCUGCACGCGGCGAUCACGGAGGCGAUGCGGCUGUACCCACCGGUGCCGAUCAACUCGCGGGUGGCGGCCGCGGACGACGUCCUCCCCGACGGCACGACGGUGCGGGCGGGCUGGUUCGUGGACUACUCGGCGUACGCGAUGGGCAGGAUGCCGCGGCUGUGGGGGCCACGAUGCCGCGAGUUCCUCCCGGAGCGGUGGCUCGACGUCGAUCAAGGCGAGUUCGUGGCGGCGGACGCGGCGAGGUACCCGGUGUUCCACGGCGGCCCGCGGGCGUUCCUCGGGAAGGAGAUGGCGUACGUGCAGAUGAAGGCCGUGGCUGCCGCCGUUAUCCGCAGGUUCCGGGUGGAGCCGGUGCGGGCGCCUGCUAGCAUGGGCGCGCCGCCGCCGUACGAGAUGACGGUCACGCUCAGGAUGAAGGGCGGGCUGCGCGUGCGGAUCAGGAGGCGGGAAGAAGACGACUCAACAAGGAAAUGUCUGUAGAGAAUGCAUUCUGUCAAUUUUGGAUCUGCACAUAUCGAUAAUAUCAAAGUGGUAUCAUCAUGUUCACCAAGAAUCUAGCUGAGACCUAACUUCGUGCUCAGUUAAG